GAAAAAUUGAUUUCUUUUACUUUUCUUCCCUAUCUGAUUAUCUUCCUCUAGUGAGGUUUUUCUAUUUUCUUUUAUAUCCUUUAUCAACAUUCACAUAUCUUUGAAUCCUGUUAUGUUUUUUUUUUAAAGAAAGAAAGAAAGUAAAUCUAUCAUUCGUUGAAAGAAUAUACAUAUGAAGUUUUCUUCAAGCCUGUAAAUGAUGACUUUGGAAUAUUUUGUAUUUGAUAUAAAUAUAAAUAUUUUAGACAUUUCUUGUUGGAUAGUAUUAAGUUGAUCAAAAUCCAAACAUGGAUUUAUCAUGAUCAUGAUAAAAAUUGAAUCUUUGGAACAUUAAGUGCAAUUAGAUCCUUUUUUUGAGGCCUAUAUUCAUUACUAGCAUCAAUUAUCAAUCAUUUUGUUGGGUAUAAUCUCCUAAUGAUUCCCUUAUUAUAGACACAAGCAAGAUUAUUAUUACAUUCUUUUUUUGGGUUAUGUUCGAAACCCCUAUUCUGUUCCUGAGACGAGGGUCUACCGGAAACAACAUCUCUAUCCUCGUAAGAUAGGGAUAAGGUCUGCGGAUACACUACCCUCCCUAGACCCCUGGAUUACAUUGGGUUUGUUGUUGUUGUUGUUGUUUGAUGUUUGAAAUUGGCAUGGCAAUGUCCAAAAUCGACGUCGAAUUGUUACAAGAAACACUUUAUGUUCAAGAACAACUUAUAGAGAAGCUAUACAAUGAGUUGGAUGAAGAAAGUGAAGCCUCAGCUAGUGCUGCUAGUGAAGCGUUAUCGAUGAUUUUACGUCUUCAAGGCGAAAAAGCAGCAGAGGAAAUGGAAGCAGAACAAUAUAAGAGAUUUGUAGAGGAAAAAAUGUGCCAUGCAGAAGAGUCAUUAUCCAUUUUUCAAGAUCUUAUUCAUAAAAAAGAAAUGGAAAUAGUUGCUUUAGAUUAUCAAACACAAGCUUAUCGAUAUAAGUUAUUAAGUAUGGGCUGUGAUGAUAUUGAAUUUAAUGAGGAUUUGUUUCAUAAGAAUGAAAGUUUUGAUAAAGAAAUGUGUGUUCAAGCUAUUGGGAGGUGUAAAUCUGCUCCAAACAUUCCAUUGAAAUAUGCUAAGCAUAUAAAGGGAAUUCUUGAUAAAGAUGAAUAUAUCAGUCAAGAACGCGAUUUGAAUGAUACUUCAAUGGAUGGAAGUAUAAAUUUAUACUGUGAGAAGAUUGAACAGUUGGAAGAAAGAGUGAAACAGAUUGCUGGUGCUAACUAUGCAAAAUCGUGCAGUAGUGAGAUGAGGUCACAUUUAUCACUUUCUCAAAGGAGCUCUUGUAACAAUUUCCUCGAUGCUUACCUAGUUAAGCAUCGAGGAAAUAAAUCAGAAAAUGGAACGUCUGUUCGUUCUGUUUCUCCUCCGAAUGUUCUUGAUGUAUUUGAAGUCCCUCGAGCUAUUAAAGACGACGAUAAGAUGAUUUGGAAGAGUGAUGAAAGACAAGAUUCUGUCGCAAAAAAGGAUGUAAAACAACUUGUUAAAGAUGAAACUGAUUGCCUUAAGAAAUAUUUAGUGCCUAUGCAACAUGAGAAGAAGUUACAUAAAGUAGGUGAAGCUUCUUCCCUUGACUGUCAUUUGGCAAUUUGCACUACAACUAGUGCUACAGAAACAGCAGAGAUUCGUCGUCUCAAUAGGAUGUUUGAGAUAGCUGAAGUUGAGACAAGGCAAGAAUCCGACAGACACGAAGAACUAAUGUUGUUACAUGAUAUUAAGGAGCAAAUGAAUUUGAUGCAAUCUGAAAUUAGAAGUUGGAAAAAUAAGAAGUCCCCUACAAGAGAUCAGUUAUCUGUAGUUUCUCUAACAGAGGUAAUGGUUUGCUUUUGGCUCUGAUAUCAGCUAUCAAAAAGCUUUCAAAUUCAAGAUGUUGAAACUUGUACUUAUUAUGCUUUUUUUGAGUAUUGUAACAGUCCUUUUGGCAUUUUACAAGAAUGGCCACAAAAGGGUGAUUCGAUUAUAAAAUUGAUCAUUAGUGAAUUGUAAAUGUUGUAUGUUUCAUGAAUCUGCAACAACUUAAUUUACCACAUCAAGAACAUGAUAUCAACAUGAUAUUUUGCUUUGAAUUU